AUGAUAGCGAUAAUUAUAAUCAAUCAAAUUAUCAAUUCUUCCUAUGAAAUAAUACCGAAACAUUGUGAUGCAAUACGUAUUCAAGAAUAUUAUAUGAAUAACCUCAGUGCAUAUCAUAUAUUGCAAACAAAACGUGUUCAUCCAGAAAUAUUUGAAUAUAAAAUAGUAAACAAUCGUGCCUGUGAAAACAAUAAUUCUACAAUUGAUCUAUUAAUAUUUAUUAUUUCAAAUACAAGAUCAUAUGAACGACGUAAUGCAAUUCGACGAACAUAUGGUAAUUUGAAUAAUAUAUUCAAAUAUAGUGACAAUGCAUUAGCAAGAUUAGAAGUUCGAAUACUAUUUAUGAUUAAUCUUGAUGAAAAUCGAAUGAAAACUGUUCUAUAUGAACAAGAAAUUUUUAAUGAUAUUGUUCAAGUCUUAAUACCUGAAUAUGAUUCGAUGAAUAUCUAUCGAGAUUUAUCUAUAUUAGACUGGUCAUCGAAAUAUUGUUCACAAGCAAGAUUCAUAUUUAAAAUGAAUGAUUCAGUAUUUUUAAAUCCAUUUUUACUUUUAAAAUUUAUUAAUGAAAAUCCAAAUGAUCGAGUUAAUCUUGAAUUAAAAGACUCAAUUAAUAUUUCAGAUAGUUGUGCACAUAUUGAUGCACGUCUUCCAUUACUAUCUGGAUUUAUUCAUUCAAAUGAAAAAGUUCUAAGACAAAAACUAUCGACUAAUCAACAAUCAGAAAAUUUUCUUGUCAAUAAAGAUGAAUAUCCAUGUGAUACUUAUCCAAAUUAUUUAAAUGAUAAUGCUUAUUUGAUAUCAAAUGAUGCACGAGAUUUAAUAUUAUGUACAUUUUAUCGACAAUCAAAGAUAUUAUUUCCAAUAUCAAAUAUAUACAUCACUGGUAUAUUACCUGAAUAUUUACAUAUUGAACGUCAUUCUUUAAUAAAUUAUAAAAUAAAUUUUGAUUCGGAAAUAUCAUGUGAAGAAUUUUUUAUCGAAACAAAUCCUUUACAAGCAUUUGCUUGUGUUACAAAUAUUGAUUUAUCAAAAAAUAUUUUUGAAUAUUAUUCGAUUUAUUGGCAAUCUAUAAUUAAUUCUCAAAUAGAAAAUAAUGAAAAGUAG